UAUAUAUCUCUUUUAUUACUAUACACGACACUUACUACUAUAAAUAUUACUGAAGAGAUAAACAUUUUGCGGCAUUUACCAGGAACGACAUAUACUUAGUCGUGAGUUUGAAACCGUUCAAAGCAUCGAUUAUGACUGCAUAAACUUGUAUAAAUCAAAUUAGAUUGAAUAAAAUAUAAAAUUGUGUAUUAAAAUAUAUUUUAAUUACGUAGGAAUAAAUUCUUACACGGAAAUCAAACAUAUUACGCGUCAAAUGUAUGAGUCACCUCUCCCCUCUCAAUCUGGUGGCCUAGUUAACCGAAUAAGUGGGGACGGAUCAGACUCAUUCACUACCCUGCACAAAGUGUAUACGCGGUGCGGCUAAAGAAAUUUUCACUUAAAAAAGCAAAAGACUACCACCCAUCAGGCUACUUGUAUUCUUAUUUAAUCUUUGGCUUAACAUUUGUAAAAUAGUAUUCAUUAUAUUGAUUGGUUGGUAUAACGUUGUCGAAAAUUGAACGUUGCGUAAGAAUUAGUAUAUCGUCAUAAUGCAGGAGAAAUGAAAUCUAACGGCAUCUGCUUAGAACUAAAUAGAAGAGCGGAAAUGGUUCUAUUGAGCGCUUAAAUCGUUCAUUCUACGUGUUGAUCGAUCCGAGCCGAACAGUUACUAGGCAAUCAACGAACGUCAUGUUAACAAGUGUUCAAUAGAGUGUAUAUAUUUUUCUUCUACGUUUGUGGUUUUCAAAUAAAUUGCAAAUAUGGUUUUUGAGUCGGUUAUAGCAGAGCUUUUAAAUAAAGUUUUAGGAGAGUAUAUACAAAAUUUGGAUUAUACGCAAUUAAAACUUAGUUUAUGGGGAGGUGAUGUAGUAUUGACAGAUUUAUUAAUAAAAGAAACAGCGUUAGAUGUACUGGAUUUACCUAUAAGAUUAGAAUAUGGACGAUUAGGUAAAUUAAUAUUAAAAAUUCCAUAUAAAGACAUAUGGAAUGCUCAAGUAGAUGCAAUAGUCGAGGAAUUAUUUAUACUUAUUGUACCUUCAAGCCAAGUUUCUUAUGAUUCUGAAAAAGAAACAAGACAACAAUUAGAGACCAAAAGAGCUGAGCUUGCAAGAAUAGAGAAAAACAAACAAUUGGCAGAAACUAAACCACAAGAAAAGCUAAAUGAUUCAAUGGUUGAAAAGUUAAUUGCUCGUAUGAUAAAAAAUAUACACAUUGAAAUAAAGCGAAUUCAUGUUCGUUAUGAAGAUCAUGUUACAUUUAAAGAUCAUCCAUUUUCGGUUGGAUUCACAUUAAAUACAUUUGUCAUAGAAAGUUGUACAGAUACUUGGAGUACAACUGGUAACAUGAAAGAUAUGUAUGCAAUUCCUCAAAUUUAUAAGUUGUGUACAUUAGAUGGCCUAGCUGUAUAUCUUAAUACUGGUGUUGAACAAUUUAGUAAAAAUUCACAAUCUAUGUAUUCCAAAUUAUUCUGUGAUGGUAUUGCAACGAUAGAUUAUACGCCUAUUGGUUAUUUAUAUUUAUUGGGUCCAAUAAAUGUAAAUGCAAAAUUAAAGCUUAAUCCAAAGCCUGAAACAGAUAGUAGUAAUUAUACCAUUCCAAAAAUAUGGCUCAAUUUGGAAAUGCUUAAAUUACGGAUAGCAUUGACAAAACAUCAAUACCAAACUUUAGUGCAAUUAGGAGAAGGUCUGGAUCAAGCUCAAAAAGCUGCUCCAUACAGAAGAUAUAGACCAAAUUUAACGUCAUAUAGAGGCCAUUACAAAGAAUGGUGGUUAUUUGCAUAUACUUGUAUAUUGGAAGAAACUGUAAGAAGAUAUCGUAGAAAUUGGGAUUGGAAUCAUAUGAAAACACAUAGAGAUAUGUGUCGCGAAUAUGCACAAGUAUAUCAAACUAAAUUAACAACUAAGAAAGUAACGCAAGAUAUAGAAGAACGUCUUAAGACUUAUGAGAAAAAGUUAGAUCUAUUCAAUUUAGUUAUUAUCAGACAACAAAUUGAAAUGGAAGUCGAAAGAUUAGCAGAGAAAGAAAAGAAUCUUAAAGCAAAAAGAGGAUGGUUUGGAUUUUUAUGGGGCUCUCCUCAAACAGAAGAAACUCAAGAGUUGAAUUCUGCUGCAGCUAUUAUGCGUAAAUUCGAGGAAGCCAUGACACCACAAGAGAAGGAAAAAUUGUAUCGUGCAAUUGAUUAUCAAGAGAACACUGCACCAGCUCAUUAUCCUGAAACAUAUGAAAUGAUUGAUACUAAUUUCUUCUUACACGGACUUCAAUUACUUCUUUUAGAUACAGAUAAAGAACAUCCAAGUAUCUUGGAUUUACAAUUAAAUAGUGUUCAGGCUGGUUUUAAGUCACGACCUUCUGCCAAUGCUAUUUCAAUAACGACAUCAAUAAGUGAUAUGAAACUUUUCGGAGUAAAACAAAAUGAUUAUAUUCCUUCGCUUUUUAAUUCUGAACAUGAAAGCGCGGAUAAUGUUUUAUUAUCUAUUGCUUACGAAAAAAAUCCUCUUGAUAAAUUAUGUGGAGAUCGUAUUAUUAUAAAGUCAAAGUCGGUUGAUAUUGUAUACGAUGCUCAAACAAUAAUAGAAUUAGUUAAAUUAUUUAAAGUUCCAAAUUCUUCAGCUUUAAAUCAAAUUCAAGCAGCUGCUGCAGAACAAUUAGAAGGCUUAAAAGAAAAGUCUGCCUUAGGUUUAGAGUAUGCUAUCGAAAAGCAUUCAAUAUUAGAUAUUCAGGUAGACAUGCAGGCAUCCCAAUUAAUUAUACCACUUGGUGGAUUAUACGAUAAUACCAAAUCAUUAUUUAUAAUAAAUUUAGGUAGUUUGAAGAUGCAUUCUCUUGAAAAGCCCAAAAGUGAUAAAUCCAAAGCAACUGUUAAACAGCUUGCUAGUAUGGGUAAAAGUGAAGAAGAUAUUUUGUUACACUUAAGGGAACAUAGUUAUGAUAAAUUUGCUCUGAAUAUAGUUAAUUUUCAGAUUCUUGUUUCAUUAGGAAAUGAAAAUUGGCGAGAAGCUUUAAUGAAAAACGGUUCAAUGACAUUACUGUGUCCAACUACAUUAGAAAUUCAAUUUCAUAAAUGUUUAAUAACAGAUGACCCUUUAUUACCCAAAAUGAGAUUAGUAGGACAAUUACCAUCUCUUGCUAUUAAUAUAACAGAUAUACGUUUGCUAGAAGCUCUCAGCAUUGUUCAAAGCAUUCCAUUCCCCGAGGAAGAAACUUCAGCACAACUUACAAAGUCAUCACUUAGCAAAUCCGUUUCCCAAUUGUCUUUAUUCAAGGAAUUGACUACAAUUUCUUCUCCCAACGGUAAAAAAAAACAGGAAGAUAAACCUCUUAAACAAACAACUGAUUUAGAAAUGAAGUUUGAAAUGAAAGAAUUCACUUUAUCAAUCUCUAAACAAGAAGAUGAAACAGUCGUGCCAUUUGUAAGAUUUGAAAUUUUACAAUUAGAAGUUGAAAUGUUGCAACGUUCUUAUGAUCAGGAAAUAAUAUUAAAAUUAGGCGGUACUCAAAUGAAGCAAUACCAUAAUAAUGGAGAAAUUUUUAUGAUAAAUACUCCCAUGUCAACUGGAAAGAAUGAGUAUCUUAUUAUAGUGCAAUAUGUUAAUGUGAAUAAACGGUCACCAGAGUUUAUUACUCGACAUGGAUCAGUUGUAAAAUUGUUACAACUAGAAUUUACUACAUUAGAUGUAUUACUUCAUCAGGAAGCGCUUAUAAAUCUUUUAAAAUUUGUGACAGAUAUACAAGACAAGAUACAAUCCAUGUCUGCAGCUUUAAAAGAAAAAUUGCAAGAAGAUAUAGUACCAUCUCGGCCUACUCAUUUACCUCUCAUACAAGAAGAAACUUCUGUAUUUAUCAAAGAUCAAAUUCAAAAGCAGAGAAUUAAACCUUCCAUUUCACGACGUAAAAGAGGGGUGAUGGAGUUUAUAGAUUUAAAAGUAAAAGCCAAAGUUGGUACCAUUAGCAUGAAAAUGAUUAGUGACGUGAGAGACAUUAGUGCGUUUUUUAUCGAAGGCAUUAUUGCUGGUCUUAUAAUGAAGGCUUCUUACUCGCAAGCAAAUAUUAAUCUUACUUCCAUUAAUAUCCAAGAUCUCAAUACUACAUCAAUUUAUAAAAAUAUUAUAUCAGUAGACGGCGAAGAAUCCUUAAAGAUUGAAGCAGUAAUAUAUAAUAUUGAACCACAAGAGUUUGAUAAAAACAAUAUGUCUAUUAAAAUUAUUAUGGGCUGUCAUCGCAUUAUAUUUUUAAAUGCCUUUGUUACAAAUAUUGUGAAUUUUCUCAAUAAUUUCCAAGUAGCUCAACAAGCAAUUAAAGAAGCAUCUGCAGCUGCUGCAGAAGCAGCGAAAACUAAUAUUAAAGAUGUGCAAGAAAGUGCAACGCGAGUGGAGUUAAAUGUUAACAUUAAGGCUCCUAUUAUAUAUGUACCUAGAAAUUCAAAAAGCGAGCAUUGUUUAAUGUUAGAUAUGGGUAACCUUACAGUUUGUAACAUUUUCAAAAAAUUAGAGACUGAAACUGAAUCUGGAGAAUAUCCUAUAGUUGAUGAAAUGAAGAUCGAAUUACAAAAUUUAAAACUUUCAAGGAUAAGACUGAACAAAAUUGAAUUUACGAUUGAAAAUGAAGUUCUAUUGCUAGAACCAGUUAGUUUUACAUUAUUAAUGAAACGCAAUUUGUCAACUGCAUGGUUUACUUCUAUACCAGAUAUUGAUAUGUACGGCCGAUUGAACAAAAUUAAUAUGCUAUUAAGUCAGGAAGACUAUGCAACUGUAAUGAAAGUUUUAGAAGAAAAUUUAGGAGAAUCAGUGGAAGAACCUAAAUCUACACAAAUCCCAGAACAUUUUGAUAAAAAGACUUUAUUAGAUCAUCAGAAUAAGCAAAGAGCAAUAGAACCAAUUAAAGUGGAUAUUAAUACAGAAAAAGAAACUACAAAUUUGCAAGAGCAAAAGCAUGUACACACGUUUAUUAAAUUUGAAUUUAUUAUGGAUAGCCUUGUCAUUAAUUUGUUCACAGGCGGCUCCAAAAUGUUACAGACUCAAACGUCACCUCUACAUCUUCCGGAAAGUGGUUUGGCAAAGUUUUCCUUAACACAUUUUGGAGUUAAAGGACGAAUAUUCGCUGAUGGUUUAUUAGCAACCUCUAUACUUCUUAUGAAUUGUACUUUGGACGAUAUUCGGCCUAAUAGAGAAAGUACUUUAACAAGACUUAUGGAAAGAACAACAGCCUUAUCGACUGUACAUGAUACAGAAAAAGAUACAAAACCUGUGAGAAGUAUGUUGGAUGUAACAGUUAGGCAAGGCACUAAUGACAUGUUUGUUGAUGUCAGAGUGUUCUCAUUCAGCAUUAUCGUAUCACUUGAUUAUUUAAUGAAAAUAAAAGAUUUCUUUAACAUUGAAUCUUCUACAACAAGUAGAAAUCUACAACAAUCUUCACAAAAGGGUUAUAGUGAUGCAGUAACUAAGAAAAAGUCAGUUCAUACUUCAGGAAAUGUUACUCAAAUGUUAACUGUGAAUUUACACGUUGAAAAGCCAGAUAUCAUUCUUCUUGAAGAUAUGGAUGAUAUAAAUUCAAAUUGCAUAUUAUUAAAUACUGAACUACUUUUAAAAAUGCGCAUUAUGGGUGAACAUCAAGUAAUAACAGGUUCUAUUAAAGAUCUUUCUCUUUUAACUGGUAUAUAUAAUCCUGCUAAAAGGGCUGAUUGGAUAUAUCAAGUUUUAAGACCAUGUAGUGUUAGUGUAGCAGGCUCUACACCUGAAGAAAAAGGUUUGCACAUAGAUGUAUGCUGUACAGACAUUCACAUUUCUGUUUCGCCAGGUGUAAUUGAAAUUUUGAACAAGGUCAUUCAUACUGUUACUAAAGCAGAAGUGGAAGAUAGCGAAGUGGUAAAGCAUGAACCUAAUUACGAAGGACUUUGGCUAAUUACACCAUAUGAAGAACAAAAUUAUUGGUUUUUGAAAACAGAAAUUGCAGUAGAGGCAUUAGAAGAUUUUACUUAUCCUGAUUACGACAAUGAUGCGGUUUAUAAACCUGAAUUAGCAAUAAUUUCUGCACCAACAAUUUUGUUAACAUUAGAAGCAGGCGUUGGUAAUAAAACAUUACCAAUGCUUUUGAUGCAUAUUGGAUUUCAGAGCAAUGUCAAUGAUUGGAGUACUAAAUCCAUGUCCGUGGAAUGUACAAUUUCACUUAUAAUGGCAUACUAUAAUAGUCGUUUGGCUUUAUGGGAACCAUUAAUAGAACCAAAGGAAGGAAUUCAAACUGGAAAACGUACUUCAACUCCUUGGGAAUUGAAAACGAAAGUACAAUUUAAUGAUUUAGCAGUGAACUCUAGAGGAGCUAGUGCUGUUAGUCCAAGUGUAGAAAGUGAACCAGAAGAUUUACAUCAAGUUGCUAAAAUGUCUAUUGACGUAACAUCUUCUGAAAAUUUAGAGAUUACAGUGACCAAAACAUGUCUCGAUGUAUUAAAACAAUUAGGUAAUGCAUUCUCUUCUGCUAUGGUAGUUGGCGGAAAAACGGCUACCCAAAAAUUCGCACCAUAUGUAUUGAAAAAUGAAACAGGCUUGCCAAUGAUACUUGAUUUAGAACUUAGUCAUUUUAAGAUAUUUGAUAGUGGUUCAAGAUCAAGUAAUAAUGCAGAUUCAUAUACUGAAGUAAUUCUCGAAUCUGGAGCGUCCAUAGAACUCGCACCAAAAUUUAUCAAAAUAGAAACGCAGCUUCUUGAACAAUUAAAAGCUAACUCUGUUAAAGACAGAGGAGACAAUAAAUUUGUCGUUUCGUUCAAAGGAAUUUAUGAUAGAUUAACAAUACCAGUUCUUCGAGCAGAUAAAAGAUUCUUUUCAUUGAAAUAUCGUAAGGAUAAUUCAGAAGAAUGGGGCAUUGUUUCUGAUGUUGUUGUUGAUGAAGGAAGUACUAUUGUUACGCUUAGAAGUAUCCUUCAGGUACAUAAUCAUUUCACCGAACCUAUAUCAGUAUAUUAUAUGACGAAACGAGGAAACGAAGUUGAAUGUGUAGGCACAGUAGCUCCUAAUGAUCGAUUGAACCUUCCAUUGGAUGCUGUAUAUACACCAACAAAUAUUUAUUGGUUAUUCUUUAGCGUUAACGGCUAUAUGGUUUCAAUAGAACCAUUUGUAUGGAAAGAUCUUCAAAAGAAUGUUUCCAUGACAAAACUGUUAAAAUGUGAAGCAAGAUCAAAACAAGAAAUAAUAGAACCGUUUUACGUACAGAUGUUUUUCAUGAUGAUUGUGGUUGGUAGUAUUCUCUAUAAUAACAACACAAUUAGUUUACUCUUAAAUACCAUUGACUGGCAAUACAAAUUGUGUCAUUUUAUUGAUCACGUGAAACGUUUCUGCUUGAAUUGUUUUAAUUCAGAGCACCCAAAAUAUGUGGAAACACCUAUUCAGGUUGUAGGAGAGAUAGAGCAAGUUUAUUUUGAAAAUACUAGUCGCCAUACAAUGGCAAGCACUAUUUAUAAUGUUCAUUUAUAUCCGUCUGUAUAUCUAAAAAACUUUUUGCCAAUCGACAUUAUUAUUUGUCUUCCUGGGAUUAUUGAAGAAAAACUUUUGGAAGCUAGUGCUACUUUACAAAUUCCAACAAUUGAUUACACAAAAUCAAAUAUUAUUAUUAAGCUACCAAAUUAUUUAGAAAAAAAUUGGUCAUGUAAAGGUGAAAUAGUAGCAAAUCCACCGGAGUUUUCAGUCUGGUCUUUUGAAUCUUUUGAUAGUGCACAAAAAGUUGUUAUGGAUUUAGGAAUGCAUACAUCAUAUAAACAUGGUUCCAGUAUAAUGGCUCUCUACUGUCCUUUUUGGAUGUUGAAUAAAACUGGAUUAAUGUUAUCUUAUAGGAGUGGAGAAGAUUAUUUAAAUAUUUUAUAUCAUCCAGAACACUUUAAAGGACCAAUAUUAUUUUCAUUCCGUUCAAAAGCCUUUUUUGGUAAAAAGAAAGCAAUGAUUAGAGUGGAAGAUGGAGAAUGGUCUGAAAAGUUUUCAAUUGAUGUUGCGGGAAGUGAGGGAGUAGUUGCGUGCAAAUACAAUGGAAUGAUAUAUCAGAUUGGUGUACAUAAUCAAUUGACAUAUAAUUCUUUAACAAAGCAAAUUACAUUUACACCUUAUUAUGUUCUAAUUAAUAACAGUGAUUUUCUAAUUGAAUGUCAAGAAAGUGAUAGACCUGCUGAUCCAUUUAUCGUAGUUUCACCCGGAGAGUGUUCUGCUUUUUGGCCUCGUUCAGAACACGAAGUGAAAACUUUGAAGGCAAAGGCUGCAGGAUAUCCUGAAAAAACAGCAGCUUUCAUUUAUACUGAUAGUCAUACCACAUUGUUAAAACUAGAUAAUAAGUACGGCGGUAUUAAUGUUGAUAUACAAAUCAAUGAAGGCGGAAUAUAUAUUUCAAUGUCAGGUUACAGUCCUGGCAAUGCUCCAGCUCUUAUUAUAAAUCAUACUCAUCAUUCAAUCAAUUUCUGGGAAAAAGGAUCUAUAAAUAUAAGGUUUAUUCAAUCAUUUAACAGAAUGUUUUAUACUUGGGAAAAUCCUGCUGGUCCAAGAAAAUUAAUGUGGAAAGAUAGUAACAAAAAAGAAAUAGAAGAUGAUCUAAGAAAGGAUACUUUAGGUGCUUUUCAAAUACCUGACACAGAAGAAGAAAUAUAUUAUGUAUCAUUUCUAAAUGGUACACAAAGAGUACUUCUAUUUACUACAAAUUUGAAAAUAGCUGAAGAUUGUCAAUUAGUAGGUGAUCUUGAGCCUAUCGAACAAGAGAUAACUCUUAAUAUCCAUGGAGUAGGAUUUUCCCUUGUAAAUAAUAUUACUAAAUCAGAGCUUUUAUACAUGUGCAUAGCUAGCUCUGGUAUAAUAUGGGAAACGUGUAAAUCUAUUGGAAGUAGAUGGCGUUUUCUUAAUGCAAGAGAAGUUAAUAUUAUUGAAGAGGGAUACCAAAAAUAUAUACGCGAGUUACAAAUUGAAAAGGAUCCGCCUUAUAGAGUAUUACUUGAACCUAAAUUGGAGGUGGAUUACUUAAAUAUGGAAAUGUUAAGACCUCAUCGUCGUUAUAUAAGACGUUCAUUCCAAACUGGUUUAUGGCUACAGUAUAAAACAUCAGCACAUCAAGUACAAUUACAUGCUAAAAUUAAUAGAUUGCAGAUAGAUAAUCAACUUUCAGACUGUGUUUUUCCAGUUAUUCUAGCACCAGUUCCUCUACCUAAGAGUAUCACGCAAAGUACAGUACCAAAACCGUUUGCCGAGCUUAGUAUGGUAAAACGCCUCUUAGAACAUAGCACUGUUCAACAAUUCCGUUAUUUCAAAGUACUUAUUCAAGAAUUCCACAUUAAAGUGGAUAUAGUACUUAUAAAUGUCAUAAUGGCCUUUUUUGAAGCAAAUGUAGCGAAUGAUGCAGAAGAAAGUGAACUUUUUCGCACAGACAUGAAAUUAGUGCAUGAACCACUCAUGUAUCAUGUUAGUUUGAUCACAACAGCUGAACAAAAAAAUUUUUUUGAUUUAUUGCACUUUUCACCUCUCAAGAUACAUAUUAGUUUUUCAAUGACUGGUACUGGAAGUGGACCUUCUGCAGUACCUCAAGUACUAAAUGUACUAUUACAAGGCAUUGGAGUUACGCUAACUGAUAUUAACGAUAUCGUAUUCAAAUUAGCAUACUUCGAACGAGAUUACACUUUCAUGACACAUAAGCAAUUAAUCUCAGAAGCAACUACGCAUUAUGUAGGACAAGCUAUUAAGCAAGCUUAUGUUCUUGUGUUAGGUCUUGAUGUAAUUGGUAAUCCAUAUGGUCUUGUAGUUGGUACGAUGAAAGGUAUCGAAGAUUUAUUUUAUGAGCCUUUUCAAGGUGCCAUACAAGGCCCAGGAGAAUUUGCUGAAGGUUUAUAUCUUGGUGUUAGAAGUAUGCUAGGUCAUACUGUUGGUGGAAUGGCAGGAGCUGUAUCGAAAAUUACAGGAGCUAUGGGUAAAGGAAUAGCUGCUUUAACUUUCGACAAAGAUUAUCAAAGAAAAAGACAAGAACAAUUGAAUAAACAGCCAGCAAAUUUGCAUGAAGGACUAGUCAGAAGUGGAAAAGGUUUGGUCAUGGGCGUUGUGGAUGGUGUAACUGGUGUUGUAAUGAAACCUAUAUCCGGUGCUAAAGAAGAAGGUAUUGAAGGAUUCUUCAAAGGUUUUGGAAAGGGAGUUGUUGGACUUGUAACUAGACCAACUGCAGGAGUUGUCGAUUUUGCUAGUGGAUCUUUCGGUGCUGUCAGGCGUGCUGCUGAAUUAAGUGAAGAAGCUAAAAGAGUUCGUCCACCCAGAUUCCUACAACCAGAUAGUCUUGUUCGACCUUACAUAAGAGAUGAAGCAGAGGGUAAUAAAAUACUAGCUGAACUUGAAAAAGGCAAAUAUGCAAACACAGAUAUUUAUUUCUAUCAUAUAUAUAUCAAUAAAGAUGUCCUAUUGCUGACUGAUAAACGUAUAGCGUAUCUUGAAUAUAGCGAUUUAUUCGGUGGUUGGAAGGUUGAUUGGACCCAUACGUGGCAAGAAUUUGGUGAAUUACCAAAAAUAGUAGACAAAGGAGUACAGAUUUGUAUUAAAGAUUCCUCAAAAAGAAAGAAACUAGGAAAUUUAUUUGGUAGCCCAGAACAAUCCAAAAUAAUCUUAGUACCAGAUUGCAAUAUAAAACAGUUACUAUAUAGUAAAAUAAGGGAACAGAUGAAUCAAUAUGGAAUAACAAAUGAACUUACAUAAGUUACCAAUAUAAAAAUCAAAAAGAGAGAGCAUGAUUAAUAUAUUGACAAAUUACUUAUGAAACCUCAUGCUUAAGCAAAACUAAGAGUGCCUACAAGCUCAAUUUGCAUUAAGCUUUAUAACUGAAGUUAUAUAAUUUUCAUGCACAUUCAAAUAGUUUUUUAUAAAUACCAUCUGCAAGACUGACAAAUACUAGCUUUUAAAAAUAGCUAUAGUAAAAAAUAUAUUAACUGAUAUUGUUCCAAGAUAAAUAUAUAAAAUUCGUAUUUGUGGUGCAUACAAUUUUAAUUAAUUAAAUUUA